GGACAAAAUUACUCGAAACAAAUAUCCACCCAACUAAUAAAAAUUGCAUUUUCUGCAUAAUCAUUGAACAAUGCACUUUAUGAUCAUAUUUUCCCUCCCUUUCUGCAGCUCCUCUGCCUUUUCAGAAGCCCAUUGCACCUAGAAAUUAGUGUUUUCAUUCUAGCCAAGCCAGGCCAUAACAAAUUAACUAAACAAAUUGACUAAAAAAUAGCAUCUUUAUUAUCAUUCACCAAUUGAAUUGGAAAUGGGUGGGCUUAAAGAGAGUCUCAGUGUUUUCUUCAACAACAGGUGGCUGGUGUUCGUGGCUGCAUUGUGGAUUGAGACGUGUGCUGGGAUUGGGUAUCUGUUCGGAAGCAUUUCGCCCAUCAUAAAGAAAGCUCUGAAUUACAAUCAGAAAGAGGUGGCUUUAUUGGGCGUGGCUAAGGAUUUGGGGGAUAGCGUUGGGUUCUUGGCUGGAACCUUGUCCGAUGUGUUGCCAUUAUGGGCUACGCUUCUUGUUGGUGCCAUUCAGAACUUCCUUGGCUAUGGUUGGGUCUGGCUUAUCCUCACCGGCCGAGCUCCAGCUUUGCCAUUAUGGGCUAUGUGCCUUCUUAUCUUCUUGGGAACAAAUGGAGAGACAUACCUUAACACAGCAACACUUGUGUCAUGUGUUCAAAACUUCCCCAAAAGCCGGGGUCCUGUUGUGGGGAUACUCAAAGGAUUUGCUGGGUUAAGUGGUGCAAUUUUGACACAGAUAUAUGCAGUGGUGAAUUCCCCAGAUCAUGCCUCACUCAUAUUUAUGGUGGCUGUUGGACCGGCAAUCGUGGUAACUUCUCUCAUGUUUUUUAUCAGGCAAGUUGGAGCUAACAAACAAAUCAAUGCAUCAGAAUGCAGCUCAAGUUUUUCUUUCAUCUAUACCAUAUGUCUCAUUUUGGCUGCUUAUUUGAUGGGUGUAAUGCUUCUUCAAGACCUAGUUCAUGUCAGCCAAACCAUGAUCAAAGUUUUCACUGUGAUUCUGUUUAUUCUUAUCAUAAUCCCCAUUGUAGUCCCUGUGUAUUUGAGCUUGAGAUCUUCACAAGAAUCAGCAGAAGAGCCACUUCUCUCUGAGCCCCAGGCAAAAGAUACUGGCAAAUCUAAAGAGGAUAAUGACAAUAUUUUAUUUAGUGAGAUUGAAGAUGAGAAGCCUAAAGAUGUAGACUUGCUUCCUGCUUCAGAAAGGCAGAAAAGAAUCACACACCUGCAGGCAAAACUUGCCCAUGCAGCAGCAGAAGGAGCAGUGAGGAUUAAAAGAAGACGGGGUCCUCGUAGGGGGGAGGACUUUACCUUAACUCAGGCUUUAAUCAAGGCUGAUUUUUGGCUUAUAUUUUUCUCUCUUCUGUUUGGUUCUGGAUCUGGGUUAACUGUGAUUGAUAAUCUGGGUCAAAUGAGUGAAUCUUUAGGGUACGAUAACGAACAGGUUUUUGUUUCUAUGAUCAGCAUUUGGAACUUCCUUGGCCGAGUUGGGGGCGGUUAUUUUUCUGAAAUAGUUGUCAGGGAGUAUGCUUAUCCAAGGCAUGUAGCCAUGGGUGUUGCCCAGGUUACAAUGGCAUUUGGGCAUUUCUUCUUUGCAAUGGGGUGGCCUGGGGCAAUGCACAUUGGCACUCUUUUGGUUGGUCUGGGCUAUGGGGCUCACUGGGCAAUUGUGCCAGCUGCUGCUUCUGAAUUAUUCGGGUUAAGAAAUUUUGGGGCUUUAUACAAUUUCCUCACCCUGGCAAACCCGGGAGGUUCAUUAGUCCUCUCGGGUGUUAUUGCUAGCAGUAUAUAUGAUAUAGAGGCCGAGAAGCAAGCCCAAGAACGCCGUUAUACUCUCACUGCUGGUGAGUCUAUCAAGUGCGAAGGCGCUGUCUGCUUCUUUUUGACCUCUCUGAUAAUGUGUGCUCUUUGCAUUAUUGCGUCUGGUCUGAGCGCAAUUCUAGUGUACCGAACAAAAUCUGUCUACGCUAACCUCUAUGGAAAAUCUCUUAGAUAACUCAUCUCCCAAGUAAUAUGGUUCUUGAUCUGAUUAGUAUAUCCUAUCCUCAAGAAGCAGUGCUUUUAGGAUUCCUUCAUGGUUAGGUUGUAUAUAUAUUGUUCUACUUUUGACUAUGUUUGAGAACAAUAGUGUCUAUGUUUCUUAGCUGCUGCCAACUACUAUGUAGUGUGAUGACACUUCUGUUACCAUUCUAGAUGGGUGGUCACGGCCUUACAGGAAAUAUUGUUCAAGGUUUAUGUCACAGACAAUAUAAUGCACUUCAUUUCA